ACACGAUAGCCAUGCUCAAGCUCAAGUUAGUCAUCCUGGUUGCCCUCGCCAUCACCUUGGUCCAGAGCUGCUCCAUUGACCAGCCGGAGGAGGUCCAGUGUGGCUGUGACAAGCCCCAGUGCCCCUCCUGUGGAUGCAAAUCCUGCGGAUGCAGAUGCAGGCCCUGUCGCUGUUGCUCCUCAUGUGGGUGUGGUUGCUAGGCCAGGAUACCAGACCAGAUUAUCGGAGGAUCCCGACUCCAGGGAAUCAUUGUUUCUAAAAUUAUUUGCUUUUCCUUUUCAUUAAAGUGCUGUUACAUCCCGAAAAACUUUCAUCUUCCUCGCACUCUGUGCGCUCGAUUGUGACGGGAGCCGCGCUACAAUGAGCAGACAAUCAUUUUCAUUGCAUUGAUCACUUUUUUAUUCAUAUCCGUUCACUCGUUGGCAAAGUAAUUCCUUUGUUCUUUCCGCCACGCUUUCCUGAUUUCCCCAGUUCCGCAAUGGGGAACAAAAGGAAAAGUAAUCACAUCGGGACCCCAGUCCUUGCCCUUCUCCCUGGUUAUAUCUUUGUUGCACUUUUCUACGUGAAUUGGUUUCUGGUUCCUUUUUUCAGCUCCUUCCAUAUACCAUUUCAUUUGCUAGAUACACAAACGGGUUGACAAAUUACAUUUUUAGAAUGGCAAAAUUAAGAUAGAUAUAGUUUCGGAAUUUGUAAUACAAUUUCUAUGUGUUAAAGUAGAGAUUUUAAAAUUUUUUCUUUUAUAACUAUUUUAUAUUAUUAUAUAUCAUUAUGAUAAAGUCUGCUGAAUAUUUUAGAAUACUCUGCUUGAUAUAUCACUGUUUACCAAUGUUAUGACUAUCUAAAGAGGCAGCUUUAUUAUACCGAAGAUUCAUAUAUCAUUUCAAACUGCUAUAGCCUUCUCCAUACCUAUGUAUAGAUACAGAUACCCACCUGGCCGGCGAGUGGAGCGGCGGGAUGUCUCCGCCUAAUAACCCUAAAAGCCUUAUCGAGUCAUUUAGUAUGAAAACAAGCAAUUAAAAUGAUGAAUAUGCAAUAAACGUGGAUUGUGUAUACAGACACACACUCGCAGCCACUGCCGCCUGAAUAGAGAACAGCGUCCUUGCGUCCCAUACAUUUUAUAUGCUAAUGAGCGGCACACGGAAAUAAAAUAAAAAGAGUCGAAUUUUUGGGGACCAAAGUGAGGGAAAAGAGGCGAGCAUACAUUUGCCUAAUGAAAAUAGCACCAUUAAAAUGGGAAAAACAACUUUAGAUACCGAAAUUCGAAACACGGCGAGUUUUGGCAAUUAAAGGGAUACGAGUGGAACAAGCUCCUAUUAACUACCCGCUGUGAAGUUGAAUAUGUAUGGCUAUAUACCAUCCCAUGUAUGUAUAUAUCACCAUGAUCGCCUGGCAAAUUAG